UUCUUAUUUUUCAGCUGAUUAGAAAAUUAGUUAAAUUAUAAGACAUUACUACAUAAGUACACUUAUUACACCUUAAAUUUCUCGAGUUUACGAUAUUUAACUUUCAACCAUUCAAAAUUAAUUUAUUAUAUAUUGCUGAGAAAUUAAAAUACUACUAAAAAUUUAUAAAAAUGAUUGGUUUGCUGAAAAAUGUCAAUCCAAUUUCACGAAGUACUUAUUCAAAAAUUAAUAAUUGGAGCCGUCCAUUAAUUUGCACAAGAAACUUACAUCAAUCCCAGUACUAUUCAUCAAAACAGAGUUCAGCAGGAACUAAUGCAUAUUCAGUUAUUGAUCAUGAAUACGAUGCUGUUGUGGUUGGUGCAGGAGGAGCUGGUCUCCGUGCCGCCUUUGGCUUAGUUCAAGAAGGAUUUAAAACAGCAGUUAUUACUAAACUUUUUCCUACAAGAUCUCAUACAGUUGCUGCCCAAGGAGGAAUUAAUGCUGCUUUAGGGAAUAUGGAAGAUGAUGAUUGGCGCUGGCAUAUGUUUGAUACUGUUAAAGGUUCAGAUUGGUUAGGAGAUCAAGAUGCUAUACAUUAUUUAACUAGAGAGGCACCUGCAGCUGUCAUUGAGUUAGAAAAUUAUGGUAUGCCUUUUAGUCGUACUGAUGAAGGCAAAAUAUAUCAACGUGCAUUUGGUGGUCAGAGCUUACAAUUUGGAAAAGGUGGCCAAGCUCAUCGUACUUGUUGUGUAGCUGACAGAACGGGUCACUCCCUUUUACAUACUUUAUAUGGAUAUUCAUUAAAAUUUAAUUGCAAUUACUUCGUCGAAUAUUUUGCUUUGGAUUUAAUUAUGGAUAAAGGACAAUGUGUCGGAGUUAUUGCCUUAUGUUUGGAAGAUGGCACUAUUCAUCGCUUUAGAUCAAAGAAUACAGUUUUAGCUACUGGUGGUUAUGCUAGAGCCUACUUUUCAUGUACAGCUGCCCAUACUUGUACAGGUGAUGGUCAAGCUUUAGCAUCAAGAGCUGGCAUUCCAAUGCAAGAUAUGGAAUUUGUACAGUUCCACCCUACUGGUAUCUAUGGUGCUGGCUGUUUAAUGACAGAGGGUUGUCGUGGUGAAGGAGGAUAUUUAAUCAAUGGUUUAGGUGAAAGAUUUAUGGAAAAAUAUGCACCCAAUGCUAAAGAACUCGCAUCCAGAGAUGUUGUAUCUAGGUCAAUGACUAUUGAAAUCAUGGAAGGAAGAGGAUGUGGUCCAGAAAAAGAUCAUGUUUAUCUUCAACUGUAUCAUUUGCCGGCUGAACAACUUCAUGCUAGAUUACCCGGUAUUUCAGAAACCGCCAUGAUAUUUGCUGGAGUUGAUGUUACUAAAGAGCCUAUACCUGUGUUGCCAACUGUUCAUUAUAACAUGGGUGGAAUACCAACAAACUACAGAGGACAGGUAAUCAAUCCUGAAAAUGGAGAAGAUAAAGUAGUACCUGGAUUGUAUGCUUGCGGAGAAGCUGCAUGUACAUCUGUUCAUGGAGCUAAUCGUCUUGGUGCUAAUUCAUUACUCGAGUUAGUGGUAUUUGGACGUUCAUGUGCUUUAGAUAUUGCUAAAUGUAACAAACCUGGAGAUAAAAUACCGCAAAUUAGUGAUAAUGCUGGCGAAGAAUCCAUUUCCAACAUUGAUAAAUUACGUUAUAAAAAUGGAACAAUUCCUACAGCAGACUUACGUUUAGAUAUGCAAAAAACUAUGCAACUUUAUGCAGCUGUUUUUAGAACUGGAUCUACACUUGAUGAAGGCCGCACAAAAAUGCAAUCCAUAUAUUCAAAGCUUAAGGAUAUUAAGAUAAAUGAUCGAUCAAUGGUUUGGAAUUCUGAUUUAGUGGAAUCAUUAGAAUUACAAAAUUUAAUGAUAACCGCACAGCAAACAAUUGUUUCUGCUGCUGAACGUAAAGAGUCCAGAGGGGCACAUGCACGAGAUGAUUUCAAAGAUCGUGUUGAUGAAUUUGAUUACAAAAAACCAUUAGAAGGACAAACCGAAGUACCUAUUGAAAAACACUGGAGAAAGCAUACACUUGCACACAUCAAUCCAGACUCUGGAGAGAUAAAAUUAACUUAUAGACCUGUGAUUGAUCAUACUUUGGAUGAUAAAGAAGUGAAAUCGGUGCCACCAAUGAUUAGAUCUUAUUAAGAUUCACCCAUUACCACUAAUCAACUACUGCUCGUAACUCUAGUCUGCCCACUCAAUCAAAUCACAUAACAGCUCAAAUCUUGUUUGCAUUUAAAAAUAUGUAUGAAAAAAAACCUUAAAUAAGGUAUAUCAGUAAAUACUAUCAUACUGAUUUAUUAAUACAAGUUGUUUUACGAGCAAAAUUCAAAGGAAGUAUUAAUAGUUAAUAUUAUAGUAAAAAUAAAUUACAUGAAUCUAUUGUUAUUAUUUUAUUUUGUUUAUUACCUGUAAAUAAUUAUUUCAUGCUGUGUCUAUUAAUAUUGGUAAUAUAUAUAUUUUUCAACAACCAAGAAUAAAA